CCCAGGACCCCAGCACCAGGUGAAUCCCUGCUUGCGUGCAGGGUGACCUUGUGGUCCCGGGAGCUCCUAUAAAAUCAUAGAGAAAGUGCCAUAUAAAGCAGCCAAGUCUAUCUUCUCUUCUCCACGAGUGCUAUAUGUGAGUGAUAGCAGAGGCAGAAGCCCAGCAACCUACCCUACGAUCAAUCUAUGGAGAACGGAACCAUGAAAUGCUCCGCAAACUAUGUUCCUCUCACGCCGAUAAGCUUCCUCGAGAGGUCGGCGAUUGUCUACGGCGACAGGACUUCCAUUAUUUACGGCGAUUUGAAGUUCACUUGGAAGGAGACUCGCGAUAGGUGCGUUAGACUCGCCUCCGCACUCACCACGCUCGGAAUUUCUCGAGGCGAAGUUGUUGCUGCGCUGGCCCCUAAUAUUCCGGCAAUGUACGAGCUCCACUUUGGCGUUCCGAUGGCCGGGGCAGUCCUAUGCACUCUCAACAUUCGCCACGAUUCCGCAAUGGUGUCGGUGUUGCUGAGCCAUUCCGAAGCGAAGGUUAUAUUUGUCGAUUACCAGUUUCUCGGUAUUCUCAAGGGUGCGUUCGAGAUUAUGUCGAAGAAAGAUAUCAAGUUGCCCCAUCUAGUCGUAAUUCCAGAGGAUAAUCAAACGAUGUCGAUACGGCCCGGGAUAAACGACAACUACGAGUCGCUAUUGGCGAGAGGAGACCCCAAUUUUGCAAUUGUAAGACCCAACGACGAGUGCGACCCGAUCUCGCUUAACUACACUUCCGGUACGACGUCGAGCCCCAAGGGCGUCGUGUAUAGCCACAGGGGAGCCUAUUUGAAUUCUGUGUCGGCCAUUCUUCUCAACGAGAUGAAUUCGUUGCCGGUCUAUUUAUGGGUCGUCCCGAUGUUCCACUGCAACGGGUGGUGUCUCAUUUGGGCGAUAACGGCUCAAGGAGGCACGAAUGUGUGCAUACGGAACAUCACGGCCAAGAAAAUCUUCGACAGCAUUGCCACGCAUAAAGUGACGCACACCAGCGGCGCGCCCACCGUCUUGAACAUGAUCGUCAACGCACCUCCCGAAGAUCAAAGGCCCCUUCCGAGACAGGUGGCGGUAAUGACUGGCGGCGCACCACCGCCGCCGCAGGUCCUCUUCAAGAUGGAAAAAUUGGGAUUCAAAGUAAAUCACUCGUACGGCUUGACGGAGACGUACGGCCCCGGAACAAUAUGCGUUUGGAAACCCGAAUGGGACGCUCUACCCUUAGAGCAACGCGCGAAACUCAAGUCCCGCCAAGGCGUGCAACAUGUCGGGUUGGAAGAGCUCGACGUCAAAGAUCCCGUUACAAUGCAAAGCGUAACCCCCAACGGGAAGGCGAUCGGGGAGGUAAUGCUUCGAGGCAAUACUAUCAUGAACGGAUAUUUCAAAAACGCCGAGGCCACCGACGAGGCAUUUCGGGGCGGGUGGUUCCGAAGCGGCGAUUUGGGGGUGAAACAUCCCGACGGGUACAUAGAGCUGAAGGACCGAUCGAAGGAUAUAAUCAUCUCCGGCGGGGAGAAUAUAAGCACGAUCGAAGUUGAAUCCGUUAUAUAUAGCCAUCCGAAUGUUGUCGAGGCGGCGGUCGUCGGGAGGCCAGACGAACACUGGGGGGAGACGCCGUGCGCGUUCGUUAAGCUACGGGACGGUUGCGGGAUGACGAGCGGCGAUGAAAUUAUCGAAUAUUGUCGAAGCCGGCUGCCGCAUUACAUGGCGCCGCGGACGGUGGUGUUCGAGGACGAUCUGCCGAAAACGUCGACCGGAAAAGUGCAGAAGUUCGCUCUCCGGCGGAAGGCGGCGGCCAUGGGCAGCCUUACGAGAAGAAGUAAGCUGUAGGGCGUCGGAAUGUACGUCGCUCAGCUGCGUUCUCAAGUAAGUUUUCAUGCCCUCUGCUGUUUUUCUUGCAGCUUAAAUUUGUGUUAUAUUUGGGGAAUAAAUGGUAAAUUAAUAUUGAACUUUAAGAUUUAAAUUCGAAGGGUGUGAUUGGUUUAUGUUUUGUAUGUUUUUGUUUUUAUUAAUUUUGUGGUGAAAUGGUGGUGGGGCAUUUUUAUCUAUUUUGUUUGUUUGAGUCAUAUAAAUUAAUAUAAAUAGAUAAUUUUUUUUUAUUUUUUAUUUUUAUUUCACUUGUAUAAACAUUAAAAUGAGCAAAUACACAGUUAAUUCAUAUUUUAUGUUG